AUGAGUGAUGAAUUGACGACGAUGAAUGUCAAACCGAACAAUCAAAUGGCUCAACCACAACAAGCACCAGAAUUUAAACUUGUUUUAGUUGGAGAUGGUGGUGUUGGUAAAACAACGUUUGUGAAACGACAUCUAACGGGUGAAUUUGAGAAAAAAUAUAACGCAACUGUUGGUGUUGAAGUGCAUCCAUUACAAUUUCAAACAAAUCGUGGUUUGAUUGUUUAUAAUGUUUGGGAUACAGCUGGACAAGAAAAAUUUGGAGGUUUAAGAGAUGGUUACUACAUUGGUGGCCAAUGUGCAAUUAUUAUGUUCGAUGUGACGUCACGUAUUACAUAUAAAAAUGUUCCCAAUUGGCAUAAAGAUCUUAUUCGUGUUUGUGAAAAUAUACCAAUUGUAUUGUGUGGUAAUAAAGUUGAUGUUAAAGAUCGAAAAGUUAAAGCCAAAGCCAUUACAUUUCAUCGUAAAAAUAAUAUGCAAUAUUAUGAUAUUAGCGCGAGAAGUAAUUAUAAUUUUGAAAAACCGUUUUUAUGGUUGGCACGAAAAUUGGCUGGCGAUCCAAACUUAGAAUUUGUUGCUAUGCCUGCACUUAUGCCACCCGAUGUACAAAUGGACAAAGAGACAAUUCAGAAAUAUGAAAUUGAAAUACAAGAAGCACAAAAUGCAGUCUUGCCAGAUGAUGAUGAGGAUUUGUGA